UUUGUUGGACAAGCGGAACUCAUGUUCUAGUCGAUAAUUUCUAGUGUAAGUGCCGGUGAUCGGUGAUCGGUGAUAACAACGUAGACUUGGUAAAAUUCAUUUCCCUUACCAACUGAACCAGUGUAAAAUUAAGCAAUGGCCGAAUAAAUCGCAGAAAGUGUUUCGUCGUAUGGAUCCAGAAUGAUUAUUUAUCUGGAAGACAAGUUUAUCUGUGUUUGUUCGUGAUGCUGAGUUUACCUUGCUGUCAGAAGAUGUGAAUGCAAUUUAUAUAAUUUGCUCGAAAGCUACGCGAGCUCAGUUGUAUCUUGGAUGCGGAUGUUCAGUUCCAGUUUUGGAUCUCGGGUCGCUAGUAACUCACCGAAAAGGCUAGUAAGUGGUUUUGAAUGUGUACAAAGUGAAGAUAUCCGUGUCUGCAAUUUGGAGUUCAUUUUGUUGAACGGCUUACAUCCUUGUGCUUCAUAAUGGAUGAUGAUACAAUUUUACUGGAAGACUCUAGCGUGGAACUGGGAACCGUCUCCAGCACAGAGACAACACGUUCUACAUUCGAUCCUGUCACGAUCAUCACACAGUUUGUUACCGAAUCUACUAAGCUAUUGACCACCGCAACGAUGGAAACCACCUCUAACAUAGUCUCCACGCUAUCCACUAUUCCGAGUACGGUAGCAAUGGAAUCGUCUACUAUCACCACCGAUACAACUUCCGUAACGGAUACGUCACCUAUUACUACACCGGAGAGUAUCCUCACAACCAGCAGGGUUUCAUCCAUUACUGAGACACUUCUCUUUUCCUGGUUUGAUUAUACGAUCUUCGCUUUGCUACUAUUACUAUCUACGUUUAUUGGAGUUUACUUUGGAUUUUUGUCAAAGAUUAAGCAGAACAACAAGAAGGAGUAUCUGCUGGGCGGUAAAACGAUGAACAAAUUUCCCGUAUCGGCUUCCCUUAUUGCAAGUCAUAUUUCGGGAAUAACUAUGCUAGGAGUACCUUCCGAGAUGUAUAGCCAUGGAACACAGUACUGGAUGUUUAUUAUACCAGCAUUUACGGUUGCGGUUUUGAUGAAAUCGAUCUACCUACCGGUAUUCUACGAUCUUCAGGUAACUUCCGCCUUCACCUAUCUUGAGCUGCGCUUUGACAAGUUUGUCCGCUCGGCUGCAAGUCUGGUGUACGCAAUACAGUGCAUCAUCUACAUCCCGAUCGUGAUCUAUGUGCCGGCACUCGCUUUUAGUCAGGUGACGGGCAUUAAUCUGCACGUGAUCACACCAAUCAUCUGUGUGAUCUGUAUCUUCUACACCACCGUCGGUGGAUUGCGUGCGGUUGUUUGGACCGAUACACUACAGUUCGUGCUUAUGAUCGGAGCUUGUAUAGCUGUCAUCGUACUAGGCAUUAGCUCAGUGGGAGGGUUCAUGGAAGUAUGGGAGGCGGCUGAACGAGGAAAACGUCUUGUCUUUUUCAACAUGGAUCCCGACCCAUUCGUUCGAAAUUCAUUCUGGACAGUCUGUCUGGGACUAACGACACUCUGGGUCUCUAAUCUGGCGGUGAAUCAAGGUUGCGUGCAACGGUUCUUAGCCGUCCCAGAUCUAAAUGUGGCAAAAAAUUCACUCAUCAUCUUCACAGCUGGGUUAAUCUUCGUCAAGAGUUGCUCUUGCUUUAUCGGGUUGCUUAUCUACGCCAAGUACGAAACGUGUGAUCCCUUCUCCACGCAGAAGAUCUCGAAAAUUGAUCAAAUUCUACCGUACUACAUAAUGGACGUCGGUACAAAGAUUCCAGGCCUUCCGGGACUGUUUGUGUCCGGUAUCUUCUCUGCUGCCCUUUCGACGAUGUCCUCCGUACUGAACACCCUGGCCGGUACCAUCUAUGAGGACUUUAUUCAUCAUCGAAUGCCAAACGCAACCGAAAAGAAAGCGAGUAACAUCAUGAAGAUGCUAGUCGUACUGCUUGGCUUCCUGGUGCUUGGACUUGUGUUCGUUGCCGAACGGAUGGGUCAGGUUAUGCACAUUGCCAUCUCGUCUUCGGGUGUCACAUCCGGCACUAUGUUGGGCAUGUUCACUACCGGAAUGAUUUCGAGGCGCAUCAACACGAAGGGUAUUAUCAGUGCGUCGGUUGUGUCGAUGGCAAUCACCGGCACAAUUAUGACGGGAGCUCAACUUAAUCCUAAGCCACCGAUGCUUCCAUUGCGAACUGAUGGAUGUGAUGCGAAUAUCUUCACCAACGUAACAACCAUUUUAACGCAGUCUGUCUCACAAACGGUCGAAACGGAUACGGUGCCACUGAUCUUUAAGCUGAGCUUUAUGCACUACUCACUUCUGGGGCUGAUUAGCUUCUUUAUCGUAUCGUUCGUUGUAAGCGAACUGACCGGUGGUGGUGACAUCGACGACGAACGAUUGCUAGCACCGUUUCUACGCAACUCGGACAAGCUGGAGAAGGAAAUGACAUUGCUGAAGCACAACAUCAAGUAUGAGGAAAUCGAUAUGGCACUUCGAGAGGUACAAAAACCAACCGAUCUGGAGAAGAAAUAGACGACUUCAAGCUUUGUUCAAGCUACAUUAAUGGUAACAAAUAAAGCACCACAACCACUACGCCAGUAAAUAUAUUACUUUUAACGAA